UGCUUUUUUUUUUUAAAUCUGUAAAAUCAGAUAGUGGUGCUCAUCCGUCUGACGACACAGUCUCAACAGUUCAUAGUAAUUAAAAUAAAUAAAGUAUAAUAUGAAAAUAGAUGAUUCUUCUCGGUCGAGCAUGAAGCGCGUGCCCGCGAGCUGCGCGCAACAGAUGCGGGAGUAGCGGCGGUAAAUAGGAAGCGAAGCAGAUGUGAGUCCGGAUCAAGUUGGACCGCAACAGAACCGCAAAGAACCGCGACGACCCGCGUCCACCACCGCACUCACCCUCCCUAUGUUCCACCGGAGCCGCUCCCUCCCCGGCCACCGACACGGAGCUACCCGCCGCCGGGACCAGGACCGAGGCUGAGAACAUGGAGGAAGACAGUGUGAGCAUAUGGCCGCGCAUGGAGCCCUUCUUACUGGGCGCCCUGCAGGUGGCUCCCUCCUCCAAACUCAGCCUGCACUAUCUGCGCAAGAUGGCGACCUAUGUGCGAGCGCGGGACGGCUGCUUCCCGGUUCUGGGCUGGCCCAUGUGGAGGCACAUCGCCUGUGGAAAGCUCCAGCUCCCAGAAGACCUGGCCUGGCUCUACUUUGAGACCUUUGACCUCCUCUCAGGCCACACAGCGGAGGAGAGGCUGGAGCGGGCCGAGUGUCUUUCCCAGUGCUCCUCCAAAAGUGAGCUGGACCAACAAAGGAACAAGUUUACUGUGGACACGCUGCAGUUCCUCCUCUUCCUCUACAUCCAGCAGCUGAACCGUGUUUCUCUGCGCACCUCCCUGAUCGGUGAAGAGUGGCCCAGUCACCGCACCCGCUCCCCCUCUCCCUCCGACCGAGAGGCCAAGACCAGCUCCCAGAACAAGAACUGGGACGACCAGGCUCACCUGUCGUUUGUGCAAAGUCACCUUGGUGAGAUUCUGGAGCUGCUGGUUGAACCAGGACAACUGUCACAAUCUGGACAGGCGCUGAGAGACUGUCAGAUCUCCCUGGAGGCCGUGCGGAGUCUGGGUCUGCUGCUGGAGGGCUCGGUGUCCUGCUGCAGAACCGUCCAGCCCGUCCACCGGCUCCUGACCAAAGGUCCAGCCCAGACACAAGCUGGCUACUCCAGCCUCAGCCGAUCCUUCUCCCUGCACACGCUGCUCUCCUGCCUCCACCACAGCCUCACUCUCAACCCGUUUGGAAUCACCGCCUGCCUGCGCUCUGGCAAGAAGCUGGCCUGGGCUCAACAAGUGGAGGGGGCCAUGAAGAGAGCCAAGAUAGCCAGGAACACCCACACGGCUCCUCCGGGCAGUAAGAUGGUGCUGAUGUCCCAAGUCUUCAAACAGACGCUCGCUAAAACCUCCGACAAGCUGACGGGGGCCAACAUCAAAAUCCACAGAUGCUCCGACGCCUUCAUCUACCUUCUCUCACCUCUCAGAUCAGUCAGUUUGGACAAAUGCAGAGACAGCUUAGUGGUUCUGGGUCCCGUGGAGACCAGCGUCCACAUCCACAGCUGCCACAACGUGCGGCUGGUGUGCGUGGCGGGCAGAGUCGCUGUCGGAGCCUCCUCACGUUGCACUAUCUACGCCUUGACGCCCAACCGCCCUCUGCUCCUGCCUGGAAACACAGACAUUACCCUGGGACCCUUCCACACGUUCUACCCGUCCCUGGAGGAUCACAUGGCCAGCGUGGGACUGGCCGUGGUCCCCAACAUCUGGGAUCAACCCCUGCUCCUGGGCACCGAGGGCCUCGUCAACCCCGCGCUCAACACCUCGUCCAACCCGGACCCCGGCUGCUACCGGCUGCUGCCCCCGGCUGAGUUCCAUGCGCUGGUGGUGCCGUUCCAGAUGGAGGGCGACACGUGUGAGGUGCCCGGAGGUUUGCCGGCUCCGUAUCAGGCAGCUGUCGAGGAAAAGCAGAAGAGAAUACAGAACUGGCAGAAGACUGUGAUGGAGGCUCGGCUGAACAAGGAGCAGAAGCGGCAGUUCCAGGAGUUGGUGGAAGUCAAGUUCCACGAGUGGCUCCUGGAGACGGGGAACAGGCAGGAGCUGGACAGCCUCAUCCCUCCUACGCUCGCCUCGCCACUCGACUCCAACGGGUCCGACACGCUCCAAGUCAACGACAACACACACAUUAGAAACGGACCGACAGUGGGACAGUCAGCCACAUCGAGGCCGCAGGAACCACCACCACCAGCGCUGGACAUCACCGAGAUCAUCUUCUACGAGGACAAGAACUUCCAGGGCCGACGCUAUGAGUGCGACAGCGACUGCUCAGACUUCCACGCCUACCUGAGCCGCUGCAACUCCAUCCGGGUGGAGACUGGGGCCUGGGUGGUGUACGAGAGGCCCAACUACAUGGGCUACCAGUACGUUCUGACCAGGGGGGAGUACCCGGAGUACCAGCGCUGGACGGGACUCAACGACCGACUCAGCUCCUGCAAGAUGAUCCACUUUACCAGUGGGACCCUGUACAAGAUGCAGCUCUAUGAGAGGGCAGACUUCGGGGGCCAGGCCUUCGAGGCCACAGAGGACUGUCCCUCCCUCCUGGAGAAGUUCCGCUGGAGGGAGGUCAACUCCUGCAAGGUCUUCGACGGCUGGUGGGUUUUCUACGAGCAUCCCAACUACCGCGGACGCCAGUACUUCCUGGAGAAGGGAGAGUACUGCAAACCUGGCGACUGGGGGGCCAGCAGCCCCACGGUCCUGUCCUUCAGGCGCUUCACUGAAUGAUUUA